AGUGUUAAAAUGUUUACAAAUACUAUAGCACUCGUGGUCAAAGUAACAAAUCUCCCCAAUAUUUGACAAAAUAGUGCAAACAUUUCUAUCUAUUUUUCAUAAUAACGUCACUACAAGUUAAUUACUGAACAGUGAAAUAGCUAACAGUGUAUUUAAAAUAUAUAAUUUGAGAAUUUAAGUGAUAUUUUUUUCCAAAUUAAACUCAGUAUAGUGUCGUCGUUGAAUUUGUUCAGUGUACUUACCCACAUCGAAAAUAUUGACGUCGCCGAUUGAAAUAACAUUGAGAAAUAAUCUAUUUUUCUUGAACCUACAUUUUUUCCGUGUAAGAAUAUAUCCUGUUAACAAUGAAGAACUGUGCAGCUUGUAACAGCAAACUUAAAGAUAAUGAUCAUCUGGAAUGCUCGCGUUGUGCGGAAAUUUAUCAUUAUUUAUGCUUGAAUAUGUCAUCAGAAGAAGUAAACAACAUCAAACAGGACGCUAAAUUAAAAUGGAUGUGCCCGAAUUGCCGAAAUAAGCAGCCUAAGGGAGACAAUACUAACAACUAUGUGCGGCCCUCCACACCUACUGGCUUAGCAGAUAUAACUUUUAAUGUGGCUCGUCGUAAGGUCCAAACCAAACACGACCAAGUGAUUACUUCCAUGGGAACUUCCUCGGAUUAUGUUACGCGUACUGAUAUUCAAUUGCUGAUACGCGAGGAGAUGAGGUCUGUUAUGCGUGAGUUUACCUGCGAAUUGACUGAAACAAUAACUUCUCGUUUCAAGGAUAUUACUGAUCAGUUGAGUGAAUUCAAAGACUCCUUAAAUUUCUUGAGUGAGCACUUCGACUCGCUGAAAGAGGAUAUAGAAAAGCAUAGCUCCGAUAUAAAUACACUAAAUAAGGAGAAUGAAUUAUUACGCUGUGAACUUAAUGCCCUCUCUAGUCGCGUCCGCCAGAUGGAUCAACUGUCGAGGUCGGCUAACCUGGAACUGCAAUGCGUCCCCGAGCAUAGGUCUGAGAACGUUUUAUCUAUCGUUAAACAGCUCAGUGGUGUCGUCAAGUGUCCCGUAAAUGACAGCGACAUUAGCUAUUGUUCCCGUAUUGCCAAGUCUAACAAUAACAGUGAGCGUCCUAGAUCCAUACUGGUGAAAUUUAGUACUCCAAGAUUGAGAGAUACUGUGCUUGCUGCCUCCAUACAGUACAACAAAAAAAACCCCGACGAAAAAUUAAAUUCCAGUACUCUUGGUAUCGAUGACAAGAAGACACCUAUAUUUGUUGUGGAAAAUUUGACCCCAGAGAACAGGCAUUUGCACGCUGCAGCACGCCUGCGCGCUAAACAAUUGGAUUAUAAAUAUGUGUGGGUACGCGCCGGGCGUGUUUACAUGCGAAAAACAGACGACUCAGAGCCUAUUUUUAUUCGUAAUAUUGAUGUCAUAAAUAAUCUUAAGUAAUAUUAUGUGAUAUAAACGUAUA